CUCAUCGUGAAAACACGCAAGAAAAAAAGUCUCUAAAAAAUAUUAGUAAAAUAACAAAUAGCUAAGAAAUCUCUCGAGUGGAACUACGGCAUAAGUGCAUGCAUAGUGAAAUUUCCGAAAGAAAGAAAGAAAAAAAAAUUAAAUUAAAUAAUAACAAUUGUGAAGCAGUAAGAAAAGAAAAGAAAUCUUAAAAGCUACAAUUAACUGUAAAGUAAUUACUCAAGUGUGGAAAGGAAUGAUAAAUAAAAUUGUUAAUUAAAAAUUUAUUUAACCGCGAAGACCCCUCACAGAAGUUGAAGACGAAACAUUUCCUAUUCAAUUCUUCUUUCUUGAUGUACGAAAAUUGAAAAAAAAAAUCACGGAAAGAAAUAAAUAAAUAAAUUGAACUAGAAAUAUAAAGCUUUAUUGGGCUCACUUUACAAAUCAACCGCAACCAAAAAAAAAAAAUCAAAAGGCAAGACAGAGAAAGAAAGGAGGAAAUCGAACGGAUUGAGAAGAAGCGAAAUUUACACAAACAUUUAGAAGUACCAUCUGCUACUUUAAUUUCAAACAAAUUCUCUUAUUUUUUUGUGAACUAUUUAAAGCAGUAAUAAUAGAAGAAGAAAAGAGGAAAUCCCGUGGAAGACUUUAAAGAAGCUUAAAAAAUAAUAACAGCAAAAAUGCAAGUCGAAAGUAAUAAUAACAACGGUCUUCAUAAUCGUGCACGUCUUUUUGCCAGAAUACCAGCAUCGAUUGAUCUUCGUUCGGUGACAAAUUGUCAAGCAGAAAGCGAAAAGCAUUGGAAAACAAAUCAAAAUCAAAACGGAAGUAACUUCACUAAACCUCUUCAUGUAAAGACAUCAAAUUUAGAAAAUUCUCUCGUUAAAUUAGAUUCUGAUGGAUUGCCUUUUGAUCCACGUGACUGGACACGACAAGACGUUAAACGAUGGAUCAUAAAUCUAGGCAAGUCAGAAGGAAUCCAUGACGUUGAUCAUAUCUCAGAGAAAUUUAAGAUGAAUGGUAAGGCACUGUGCCUGAUGUCAGUUGAAAUGUUUUUAAGUCGGUUUCCAACAGGUGGUAAAAUGCUUUACCGUGAUUUUCGCCUUCGACUUACGAGAGCAUUAAGCUUAUAAAUUCAUUCAUGAAUGAAUGAAUGAAUAUUGUGUACAUAAAUUACAUUUUUGUGUUACCCAUUCUAUUAAGAAUUUUUCUCUUAAUCUUAUUCUUUCAUAAUUUUAUUUUUAUCUCUUAUUUAAGACUGCUCAUUCACUAGCUAUAAAAUACAUCCAUUCAUUAGAAUUUCAUGAAAAAAGCUAUCAUCAAAAAAAAAUAUUAAUUAAG